AUGGCAACCUCGACGCUGCCUGUUGUGUCUCUCGCUUAUCCCCUGUUGCUGCUGCCGACCGCCCGGUUCACCAUACCCGUGAACAGCGUCACCGGAGAGCUCCUGUUGCAGCUCGUCCAGGAGUCCGAGACGCAACCCGUCGUUGCCGCUGUUCCCAUUCCAUCUGCCGAUGCGACCAUAUUGCAUGAGUGGGGAUGUGCGGCGCGUGUAGUGCGGCUGGUAAAGCCGCCCAGAGCUGUCGGCAGAGACCAGCAGCGGCCUUACUUACUCACGCUCCACGGCCUUUCGCGCAUUCAUCUUCCCCAGGCUCGGGAAGUUCCAGAGGGGCUUGAUGAACUGGUUGAGCUCGUGGUGGAAUAUCCCCGUCAGGAGGGCGACCCUAGCGCUGAGGCUUUCAUGGCGUUCAAGGGUGCAGCGUUGAAGUUGCUGGACCGUCUAAGCAGUGAUGCCGCUAGUGAAGCCAAACGGGACUUCUACUCCAAACUCACCAACAUGGUCGACGAAGCACCUAUAAAGAGGGCCGGAUGGAUUGCGGACGUGCUGGUGGCUAGUCUGAAUGCUGAAUAUGCGGACAAGCUCGAUUUUCUGUCUGCCACCGAGACGGAAGAACGCUUGAAGCGCGCAGCCGUCAUCUUCGUCAAGCAGAACUCGAUUUCGGAAGUAAGCAAAAAGAUCACCCAGUCCAUCGACGAGUCGCUCUCCAAGCAGCAGAAGGAGUUCUUCCUGCGCCAGCAGCUCGCCGCCAUCCAGCGCGAGCUACGCAACCUGCAGCGGUCGUCCCCGCAGGCUGACUCCAAGAUUUCCAGUACGAAUAGUACUAGUGGCACAACACCGCAUGGGGCAGUGUCCGAGCUUGACGAUGACGAGGAGGCUGAAGCGCACGACUUAGCUGAGAUCCGAAGCAAGAUCGAGGCGAUGGCCAAGGACAGCGAGGAACGCAAGAUGGCUGUGAGAGAAUGGAAGAGGCUCAAACGUACACCGACUGGCAGCGUAGAGCAGGGUGUUAUCCGCAAUUAUUUGGAGUGGUUGACUGCUAUCCCUUGGCCCGCUUCGACGACGGCUAAUCAGAGUAGCGCCUCACUAGAAGCGCUGCGAGAUCGGGCCUUUCUGACGAAGGCGCGGCAGCAGCUCGAUGCAGAUCACUUUGGGCUCGAGAAGAUCAAGAAGAGGCUGAUUGAGUAUCUCGCCGUCGUGCGCCUAAAGGAACUGCAGGCGGAGAAGAAAACACAGCUGCAAGCGAACCGGGUGGACCAGACCGAGCACCUCACGGAAGAAGUCAAGCGGCUGUCUUCCAGUCCGCCGGACAAGAACGAUAGCAAGGCACUAAUCCCGUAUAGUCCAGGAAACCCAGCAGCAGUUCCUGCUGAUGUCCAGCAACAACACACGCGGCAGAGACAGAACGUGAAAGGCCCAAUCCUGCUGUUUGUUGGGCCUCCGGGUACGGGGAAGACAUCGCUCGGGCAAUCCAUUGCGCACGCACUUGACAGGCCGUUCCAGCGGAUAUCACUGGGAGGCGUGCGUGAUGAGGCGGAAAUUAGAGGCCAUAGGCGGACAUAUGUCGCCAGUGGCCCGGGGAACAUCGUGCAGGCUCUUAGAAAAGCGGGUAGACCAGAUCCUGUGAUUCUCUUAGAUGAAAUAGACAAAGUCUCACAUAGUAACUUCCAUGGUGAUCCGGCUGCUGCACUCCUCGAAGUGCUGGAUCCGGAGCAGAACCAUACCUUCCACGAUCAUUAUAUCAACGUCCCGAUUGACUUGAGUCAAGUACUGUUCAUUUGCACCUCGAACACGCUCGAUACAAUAGCACCGCCGCUACUGGACAGAUGCGAGGUAGUACACUUAUCAGGCUACACAUACGACGAGAAGAUGCAUAUCGCGCGUAGAUUCUUGCUACCGAAGCAGCUGAAGAUGAAUGGCCUAACAUCAGACCACCUCACGUUGACAGACGCGGCGCUCAUCCAUAUUGCUACACACUACACGCGCGAAGCGGGUGUACGCUCGCUAGAGCGAGCAAUCGGCGCAGUAGUGCGCUUCAAGGCUGUCGAAUGGGCCGAGUACUGCGACAGCUUGGGCGUCGACCCGGAUGACGCAACCAUCCCGGACAGCGCUUUGGAAAACAUGGUCGUCAAGUCCGGAGUGAAGGGGUACAAGAAGCUCGUGGAGGAAGACGAGCUCGAGAAGAUCCUCGGUAUUGCGCGGUGGGAUGAGGAGGAGCGUGUGCGGGAGGAACGGCGCGGGCUCGUGUAUGGGCUCGUCGUAACUGGCAUGGGCGAGGGCGGCAUACUGCCGAUCGAGACGAGUGUGGUGCCGGGGAGCGGGAAGUUGAAGCUCACGGGUAGCCUCGGCGAUGUGAUCAAGGAGAGCGGCGAGCUCGCGCUUAGCUGGGUCAAGGCGCACGCGUACGAUUUGUAUAUCACGAAGACGAGGAGUCAGGACCCGUUGAAAAACCCGGAUCCGAUUGACAUUCAUCUGCAUUUGCCGUCGGGCGCGGUGAAAAAGGAUGGGCCGUCUGCUGGGAUUGCUAUGACCUGUGCGUUCGUUUCCCUGCUCACAGGGGCUUGCGUGCCAAGCAACAUCGCUAUGACUGGAGAGGUCACUCUUCGUGGACGCGUUGGCCCUGUCGGUGGUAUCAAGGAAAAGGUCCUCGGUGCACAUCGCGCGCAGAUCACGAAGGUGAUCCUGCCAUGGGCGAACCGCAAGGACGUCGAAUUUGACGUUCCGCCAGAGAUUUGUCGCGAAAUGCAGUUUGUCUUCGUGCGAACUCUUGAGGAGGUCCUAGAGGCGGCCUUUGGUAAGGGUGCCAUCGGAUGGAGGAGGAAUAACGUGCUCGUCGAGAGUAGGCUCUAA